CAUCGAGACAAUAGUAAUCACACAUAGGAACGUGUGGUGAGUGUCAUAUUGCAAAAUACGUGGUGUCCCGCAAGCCGUCACGAUAACCGUCCAGCAUAUCAUUUGCCCAAAAAUCACCUAUUAGGGCUGGAACACCCCUCACAACUCGCAGCACAGUCAUCUAGUAAAUAGUGCCAAAAUGGACCCUAAUAUCAACCCCCAUGAUGUUGAGCUCAGAGAACAGGACCGUUGGUUGCCUAUAGCCAACGUAGCUCGUCUCAUGAAGAACACGUUGCCGACCACCGCCAAAGUGUCCAAGGAUGCCAAGGAGUGUAUGCAAGAAUGUGUGUCUGAAUUCAUAUCGUUCAUAACGAGCGAGGCCAGCGAUCGGUGUGUCAGAGAGAAGAGAAAGACCAUCAACGGUGAGGACAUAUUGUACUCCAUGCAUGACUUGGGCUUUGAAAAUUAUGCCGAAGUAUUGAAGAUCUACUUGGCCAAGUAUAGAGAACAACAGGCUUUACGCCAAGCCAGAGGAGAAACCCGCAGUUCUCAGAAACAAGCCAAACAAGCGGCUGCCGUGGCAGCCGCCUCCGCCACCGAGGGGUCUAGUGUGGGAGACAUGAACGAAAAUGGGGCUGAUUUCAACCAAUCCCAAACAAACUCACCCCGUUCCAACCUGGAGCACGAGCAAGCACAUCAAGGAGCCGCUGCCGAGUUCUUAGAGGAGGCCAACCAUGAACAAUUCAUAAACGAUAACGACCUCGAACCAACCCAGAUAGGUGCACCAGAUCAACGCGAAAUUGAUUCCACAUCAGUUACAAAUGUCAGUAGCGCGGUGGGGUCUAAUCCAUCGUCAACAAGUUCCAUCAACUCUCCUCAACACUUCUACGAUGAUUUUGGAGAUGACAGGCAAGCAAAAAUCAAACAAGAGGGUGAAGUUGCUGUGCCGAAUCCAAAGGUGCUUCCUGAAGAUUAUCAGUACGAUGAUUUCAUCAACGAAGAACCCAACGAAGAACAGCAAAGUAAUAAUGGCCAUCAUAACAUUGAUGAAUUUACUAAGAUCACUCAUGACGAACCUGAUAUCGAUAACUUGACGGCAGGUAUAACGAACUCUACCUCUAAUGGUUCAUACUUCUGAGUUCAUACUAUCGAUGGGCUUCCAUUAAGAUACAUUUUCUUGCCAGAAAAGGACCAAAAAGACCAACCCUUCAAUUCUCUCUAUGUGUUAAAUUUAACCGGGUAUGUAAUUUACUGAAUGUACAUUAAGCUAACGCACCAUUA